AUGGCUCGCACCAAGCAAACCGCCCGCAAGUCGACCGGAGGAAAAGCUCCCCGUAAGCAGUUGGCCACCAAGGCUGCUCGUAAGAGUGCUCCUGCUACUGGAGGAGUCAAGAAGCCCCACCGAUACCGCCCUGGAACUGUCGCCCUUCGUGAGAUUCGUCGCUACCAGAAGAGUACUGAUCUUCUCAUUCGCAAACUUCCAUUCCAGCGUCUGGUCCGUGAGAUUGCUCAGGAUUUCAAGUCGGAUCUUCGUUUCCAAGGAUCUGCCGUCCUCGCCCUUCAAGAAGCCGCGGAAGCCUACUUGGUGGGUCUCUUUGAAGAUACCAAUCUUUGCGCUAUCCACGCCAAGCGUGUCACUAUCAUGCCCAAGGACAUUCAGUUGGCCCGUCGCAUCCGCGGAGAGCGCUCUUAA